AUGGCGGCGGCGGGGAGCGGCGCCUCCGGCAGCAGCAUGGCACAGAAGACGUGGGAGCUGGCCAACAACAUGCAGGAGGCGCAGAGCAUCGACGAGAUCUACAAGUACGAUCGCAAACAACAGCAGGAGAUCUUGGCGGCCAAGCCCUGGACCAAAGACCACCAUUACUUCAAGUACUGCAAGAUCUCGGCGCUGGCCCUCCUGAAGAUGGUGAUGCACGCCCGGUCAGGGGGCAACCUGGAGGUGAUGGGGCUCAUGCUGGGCAAGGUGGACGGGGAAACCAUGAUCAUCAUGGACAGCUUCGCUUUGCCGGUGGAGGGCACCGAGACUCGCGUCAACGCGCAGGCAGCCGCCUAUGAGUACAUGGCUGCCUACAUCGAGAACGCAAAGCAGGUCGGGCGGCUGGAAAACGCCAUCGGCUGGUACCACAGCCACCCCGGCUACGGCUGCUGGCUCUCUGGCAUCGACGUCAGCACCCAGAUGCUCAACCAGCAAUUCCAGGAACCCUUUGUAGCAGUGGUGAUCGAUCCAACAAGAACAAUAUCUGCAGGAAAAGUCAAUCUUGGAGCAUUUAGGACAUACCCUAAGGGCUAUAAACCUCCUGAUGAAGGUCCCUCUGAAUACCAGACUAUUCCACUUAAUAAAAUAGAAGACUUUGGUGUGCACUGUAAACAGUAUUAUGCUUUAGAAGUCUCCUACUUCAAGUCAUCUCUGGAUCGUAAACUGCUGGAGCUUCUGUGGAACAAGUACUGGGUGAACACUCUGAGCUCCUCCAGCUUGCUGACGAAUGCUGACUACACCACUGGUCAGGUCUUUGAUUUGUCUGAAAAACUGGAGCAGUCAGAAGCUCAGCUUGGAAGGGGCAGUUUCAUGCUGGGUUUAGAGACUCACGAUAAGAAAUCAGAAGACAAGCUUGCAAAAGCCACAAGAGACAGCUGCAAGACCACCAUAGAAGCUAUCCACGGACUGAUGUCUCAGGUUAUUAAGGAUAAACUUUUUAAUCAAAUUAAUAUAGCUUGAAGUGCAUCACCAGGUGGUAUGGAUCUCCAAGGCAGAAGUCAUGAAUUUCUUCGCCUGGACUUGUUCAAUUUGGGAAAUGAAGCUGGAGUGGAAAAUUAUUCAUGUAAUUUGUAGUCCUUUAAUAUUCCCCACCUGUCCGACUGGUUUUAAAGGCCAGAAUGUUCUCAAGUGUAGUGCAGCCUUUUGUUCUUUAUCAUAGAACACAACCAGUUCAGAGAGUUGUUCCAAAAGAAAAUGAAAUGUCACUCACUGGCUUUUGCUCUUCAGUAUUUAUCUCCAAUGUCCAACUGCAAUAAAACCAUUUG